GAAAGCCGUCAUAUCCAAUCAUAUGGGCAUCUUGCAGCUGUUGUAUGAUUCUUGCUGACAUCGACUGUAAUUUCUGAAGUUGGGGAUAUAACGGAGCGAUUUUUUCGCAGCCACGGCCCACGAAAGCUCUCCUGCAGUGCACUGAAUGAUGACGGCAGCUUCCAACGUUUUCCAAGGCACAUGAAGACUUGCCCAUUGGUGUAGCUAGCAUCAUAAACAGCUUGCUAGUUGGCUAUUUUAAUUUCAUUUCGACGGUGCAGCCGCCAUUGUUGUUAGUUAGUCACACAUUUGGGUGUCAUCGGGAUUCACAGAAUCUAUCGGGGUUUCUAUAUACGGGUCUAUCUUGUAUUUUUUAUUUUUUUAUGUGUGGUGAUCUGCUAUUAGCAUUUAGCACGCAAGGUCCACUGUAAAAUAAGGCAAUACAAGCCCAAUUAACUAGCUGGCUAAGUCAGCUAGCAUUCCAGCAGCUAGCAGGCUAAAUCUGACAGGUAAACAAAAGAAGACUUGGUUACACGAAACUCCACACAGUCGCGAGGCGUGUUUACCUUUGUAUUUGUUGAACUAGUCCCUUGAGGGGGAACAAAAGUCAUGUCUCACGGAAAACGAAAAGAGAUCUACAAAUACGAGGCACCAUGGACUGUGUACGCGAUGAAUUGGAGCGUUCGGCCCGACAAGCGCUUCCGUCUGGCUCUUGGCAGCUUCGUGGAAGAAUACAAUAAUAAGGUUCAGCUGGUGGGUCUGGAAGAGGAAAGUUCAGAGUUUGUGUGUCGGAACACCUUUGACCACCCAUACCCCACAACAAAAAUCAUGUGGAUCCCCGACACCAAAGGGGUGUAUCCCGAUCUGCUGGCCACAAGUGGGGACUAUCUCCGUAUCUGGAGGGUGGGAGAGACUGACACACGGCUGGAGUGCCUCCUAAACAACAACAAAAACUCUGACUUUUGUGCCCCCCUCACCUCUUUCGACUGGAACGAGGUUGACCCAAAUCUUUUGGGCACGUCCAGUAUAGACACCACCUGUACCAUCUGGGGGCUGGAGACGGGACAGGUCUUGGGUCGGGUCAACUUGGUCUCGGGCCACGUCAAAACACAGCUCAUCGCUCAUGACAAAGAGGUGUAUGACAUUGCGUUCAGUCGGGCGGGUGGAGGUCGGGACAUGUUUGCGUCGGUGGGGGCGGAUGGCUCGGUGCGCAUGUUCGACCUGCGGCACCUGGAGCACAGCACCAUCAUCUACGAGGACCCCCAGCACCAUCCACUGCUGCGCCUCUGCUGGAACAAGCAGGACCCCAACUACCUGGCCACCAUGGCUAUGGACGGCAUGGAGGUGGUGAUUUUGGACGUGCGAGUGCCCUGCACCCCAGUGGCCAGGCUGAACAAUCACCGGGCGUGUGUGAACGGCAUCGCCUGGGCCCCCCACUCCUCCUGCCACAUCUGCACAGCAGCGGACGAUCACCAGGCGCUGAUCUGGGACAUCCAGCAGAUGCCCCGGGCCAUCGAGGACCCCAUCCUGGCCUACACGGCGGAGGGCGAGAUCAACAACGUGCAGUGGGCCUCCACGCAGCCCGACUGGAUCUCCAUCUGCUACAACAACUGCCUCGAGAUCCUGCGCGUCUGAGAGCCUGAAUGUCUGAGCCUGGCGACAGAGAUGCGGGAGGACUCUUAUUCACUUUCAUACACACACACACACACACACACACACAUUGACUCACUCACUCACUCACUCACUAUCUCUCCAUUUCUUUAUCUGUCCUAUUUGUAUUUCUUUCUAUUUCUCUCUCUCAUGAACUUCUGUCUCUUCUCUCUCCUGCUCUGUCACUCUUUGACAGUGCUUUCUUUGUUUCACACCCUUUGCUGUUGUGAUCUUCAGGUUGGUCUUUCUAGGCCAUCCAUCUGAUCUAUUCUGCCUGUCUUUUCUCUCUCCCUCUUUCUCUCUCUCUCUCUGGUGUUCCAUAUCUCUGUCUGCCCUGUUGUAUUAUUCAUCCCAUUGUACAUGGUCAUGGACGUAGACAUGAGCGCUCCUCCAAAAAUUUGGAAAGGACCCGUGGGCGCCAUGUUGAGUAUUUAUAAAGCUUGACACUGAUACAGAUCUUUUUCAUUAUGGCGUCGUGGUGCUGUUUGAUAAUGUAGUAGUAGAUCAUCUGGAUUUGAAGUGCUUUCAGUACGAGUUCAUCUCUCGAGUGGCUUUGUACAGCUUUACUGCUUGUUUGUAAUGUUCACAAAAAAAAUGUACUCUUGCAGGUUAGGUCUUUGUGGGGUUUUUUUUGUUUUGUUUUAAGUUUUUGUGUUUUUUUAUUUCUUUGUAUUUGACGUGUUAUUUUUUUAGUUAUGUUUGGGGGGAUUUUGAUGCAUUUCUGGUUUAUUAAUGACAUAUUUGGGUCAUUUGUAAGGACUUCAACACCCCCCUUCCCUCUGAGGCCGAAGUGACUAGCCAUGAUAUAGGCAUCUGAAGAAGCUGCGGCGCUACCAGCCGGUCUGAGAUCAGCUGCAUGUUGUUUUGUUUUUUUGUGAUUUGUUUUUUAUUAUUAUUAUUAUUAUUAUUAUUAUUAAGUAGAUGUUUUCCUCUCGUGUCAAGAUGAUACAGGAUGUGAAUCUAUUUAACUUGGUCUACGCAAGUCUGAAGUCAGUCAGAAAGGACAUCACACAGAGAGAGGUUUUCAGCCAACCACACCCAACACUCAAGACAGAGAAACUCUGCCAGCCUCUUCUGAUCAGAACGGGUCUUGCUGUCAGAGGCUUGGUCUUUAUUAUUAACCGUCCUGCUUGUUUUUGUUUUUUUUCCCUGUCUGGAAAACUGAAGUAACUAUUGUGCAGUGAUCGAGUUGAUUACUGUGUGUGUGUUAGCGAGAGAGAGAGAGUGUGUGUUUGGGUUUGUGUGUGCGUGUGGGAGAGAGAGAGCGAGAAAGGGUCGGAGAUGUGUGUGCCCAUAAACAGCUUUUUAUUGUAUUUCUGAAAUGUGUCUACAAACCUCAAUGAACAGGAUCUUCUUCACUGAGUGUAACUAUAACGAAACAAUACUACUAAUAUUAAUCCUGUACUUUCCUUACACAUUGUGAUCCCUGAUCGCAGCUGAUCCUGGAAUGAAUGGAACCGGUCUAGAACCAGCUGUUUUCGGGCUUGUGUCAGAAUUUGUCACUGGGAUGUUCUGGGUCACAUUGAUCCACUUCUGGAAGGGGGUUAAAGUACGAAGCGAGUUUAGUGGAGGGUUGAGCCUCAACCUAGAAGUUUAUUCAAAUUUGGCAAACAGAGGCGAAAAUUGGUGGCAAACUUUUUUUUCUUUAAUCAUUUAAAUGUGAAUGUUUUGUGUAAACUCUUUUGUAAAUUAUUCACUGUAAACAGAAAGUGCGUGCAACAAUGCAAUAGCCACAAAUGUUCACCUCGUGUUUGCUGGAUUUGAACGCACCUCUGGUGUUCAACUCAACACCACUAAUCUCUUUUCACAGAAUACCCCGUUCCACUGUGUCUAGGCAGCCAUUUUGUUUUCUGUCAAGUUUGUUUGUUUUUCUAUGAUAUUCAGAACCAAACAGUAGCAUCUGUGACUUUGAGAAGACAUGAAAAAAUAGACAUCUCAAAUAUCCUAAUAGCAAACAUCCCCCAAUAUGUUAAUGUAGUUCCUGUCUACAUGUACACUAGUAAUAAAUUAGAUGAUGAAAAUAAAUAUAUAAGCUCUAAAA